GGAGCCCUUGUCUCGGAAAGACUGGAUACCUUUUUCCUCCCUUCCACUCCCCGUCCUCCCCCCUUCGCCUGAAAAAAAGUUGGGCGUUUGGCCUGCGGGAGACCUGCCCGCGCCAGAAUUCAUAACCAAGCUGCAUUUGCUUCCAGUCAUUGGAUCGCCUCCCACUCGUCUCGUUUGGACACACUACAACAUUGUGUCUUGAAAAUUCCGCCUGGUCGCAAGCUGUUACCGGGUUUCCCCCACCCAACCGACAACCACAUUUAAACAAUGUCGUCUGCAUCUAAUCUGCAGUCAAACAAGUCUCAUUCCCAAUCUGGACGGCGUCAUCCAUUAUCCAUCGACAGCGUUGUCGACGGACCGCAUCAACGGGAUCCGGGCCCGCGGAAUUCUGAUGCUUAUGGGAGAGGACCACUUUCGUCUGAUAGGGCAGCGUCAAACCCACCGCAGUCACAGCAAAAUCCCGCAUCAGAUGCACCUUCAACCGCAUCAAUGGUGUGUUCAUAUCAGUUGAGAAUCCUUCAACACCCAGUACGUGCACGCUGUUGCGGAUUUGGAAAUAAAGACCGGCGAGCCGUUGAUCCGCCGCCAGUAGUGGAAUUGGUGAGACUGGAUGCUGCUGGCAAGGAAAUAGACAGCUGCGAAGAAGCUCCUUUCCUAGUAUGCCAUGCAUCACUUUGGAACCCAGAGGGCACAGAGGAUCGCAGUUUGGUAGAAAACGUAUACGCCCAAGGCGGUGGAAACGACGCAGCAGAUGCCAGCGUGCACGCAGUAGUUGGUUCCCAGGUGGCCAUAGCUCAAUCAUUAAAAGAUGUGGACGAUAAGCGGAAAAUGAUGUUUUUAUAUCCGGACUUGUCUGUUCGUUUGCCUGGACGAUACUCGUUUCGGUUUCAGCUUGUGGACGUUUCGCUAGGGAGGCCAGCAGAGGGCAACUUGAAGCAGAUGGUUGGCCGUGAUGCCGUAGAAGGAAAGCCGGUGCUGGCGGUAGUUCAAUCCUUGCCCUUUGAGUCCUACAGGCCGAAACAGUUCCCGGGAAUGCUAAAGUCAACGGAAUUGUCCAGACGUCUUGCAGAACAGGGCAUUGUGGAGAUACGAGCACGCAAUCGAAGUCCGCCACCUCAACGCGACGAGUCUUAGGAAGAGAGCAGCACACAUAGCGGACAGUUUUUCUUUAGCGAAGCAGCCGUCUGCGCCUUCACGAAACGGACGAGCAAUGUUUGCAAAUCAAUCACCCUAUCUAACACGCCGAGAGAGAUACUUCCGUAUCUUGUGUCCUCUGCGAAUUUAUUUUCUAACAGUCAUUUGGGGGCAUCCACAUUAUUUUUCUCUCUCUCUUAUAUCACUUGGCCGGUUGCUUCAACAAGGCGGCGGUGGAGGAAAGGUUUUGGUAGAGUUUGGUAGUUUUUUUAUUUGAAUAGGGUUCUCUCACCACCCACCCGAUCGUAUUAUUUUAAUGUGUAUCUUGUACCUGUACCAAAAAUGUACAUCAAGUAGUUCAUCGCUGCCUUGUCGGGGUUGGUUUUUCUUUCCCGGGUAAGGAAGUGAGAAGCAGAUUUAGCCAA